GCAGCUCCUAAUGUAUCCCUCCCGAGCUGCUUUUUUUUUUUUUUUUUUACACACAGCGGAUACACACGCAGAGAAAUAAACUCAUGCAGGAUUUAAGCGACAGCCGUCAUCUUCCACAGUUUGGUUGCUGACAGAGCCGAGGUGAAUGAAGCCCGUCGGGCCCUGCUUCAUCCGUCAGCUCCGUUUGUUUUCUUUAUUCCUGACUGUCGGUGUUUUAUUCUUCACGUCGGUCUCGGGGUUAGAUGACAGGUACCAGCAGGUGCCGUCCCGAAGCAGCAGCUUGCACUUUUCAACUCGUGUGAAAUAAGCCCCAGGAUGCCCGUCGCCUUACAUUGUGCCCAAACAUAGAACAGAGGUGUGAUGCAUGUAUGUGUGGCGUGUGCUUUACAUUAACAUAAUCACCCAGGAGAAUGAAUGCAGAAGAAGUGGAGCUGCUGAGUGACUCCAAAUACAGAAACUAUGUGGCAGCUGUGGACAAAGCCCUCAAGAACUUUGAGUACUCCAGUGAGUGGGCAGACCUCAUCUCAGCACUGGGCAAACUCAACAAGGUAUUGCAGAACAAUGCAAAAUACCAAGUGGUUCCCAAAAAGUUGACUAUAGGCAAAAGGUUGGCCCAGUGCCUCCACCCUGCCCUGCCCAGCGGGGUCCACCGCAAGGCCUUGGAGACCUAUGAGAUCAUCUUCAAGAUCAUUGGCCACAAGAGGCUGGCCAAAGACCUUUUCCUUUACAGCUCUGGGCUCUUCCCUUUACUCUCCAAUGCUGCUAUGUCUGUGAAGCCUGUGCUGCUGGGGCUCUAUGAAACCUACUACCUGCCACUUGGGAAAACUCUGAAACCAGGCCUGCAGGGGCUGUUGACUGGAGUUCUUCCUGGUCUGGAGGAGGGCUCCGAGUACUAUGACAGAACCAACACCCUGCUGGAGAAGGUGGCUGCAGCAGUAGAGCAGACGGCCUUCUACAGUGCCUUGUGGAGCAGCAUCCUGACCAGCCCUGCUGUGCGUCUGCCCGGAGUGUCCUUCGUUCUGCUCCACCUCAACCGCAAGCUGUCCAUGGAGGACCAGCUCUAUGUCAUGGGCAACGACAUCGAGCUCAUGGUGGAAGCCGUCAGUACCUCAGUCCAGGACUCCAGCGUCUUGGUGCAGAGGAGCACACUCGACCUGAUCCUCUUCUGCUUCCCCUUUCACAUGAGCCAGGCGACUCGCCCUGACAUGAUCCGGAUCCUGUCAGCUGCUUUGCAUGUGGUGCUGAGAAGAGACAUGUCCCUCAACCGCCGACUCUACGCCUGGCUGCUAGGUUUUGACAACAACGGGGUGAUGACAGGCCCUCGCAGCACGCGGCAGAGUAACCCCGAGGAACACGCCAGCCAGUACUUCAACACCUUCUCCAAAGACAUGCUGGUGCAGGCGAUGAUAGGAAUCCUGCAGGGGAAGGCUCGAGGUGGAGAAGAGGAGAGCAUCCUGAUGCACAACCUCAAACCCUUCCGCAUCCUCAUCAGUCUGCUGGACAAACCGGAGCUCGGACCAGCAAUCCUAGAGGAUGUCCUCAUUGAGGUGUUCCGUACAUUACACACACAGUGCCAAACAGAAUUAGACCUUCAGAAUCAGAGUCCGUUUAACAAAGACAAUGCACACCUCAGCAGUAAACUACGAGAGAACAAAAAGACGGCGGAACUGAUCAAAACGGCCAAUCUCCUGUUUAACUCUUUUGAGCCGUACUACAUGUGGGACUAUAUCGCUUGCUGGUUCGAGGAGUGCUGCAGGAGAGCAGUAAACAGCAAUGCCGGUGCCCUGCUGCAUUCUGGGAGUUUAGUUCCUCCAGACUUCUCAUUGGUGGAGUUCUGCCAGCUGGUUGACUUCUUGUUGGAUAUUGUUUCCCUGCCUACUAGAAGCAUGAGGGUAAUCUGCCAGGAGACGUACAUUGAGAUCCAGACAGAGCAUCUUCCCCAGUUGCUGCUGCGUAUGGUUGCGGCUCUGACCUGCCACCUACAGGCACUGGGUCUCAGGGAACUCACCCACUGCCUUCGUCUCUGCUCAAAGAUCCUCAGCAAAGUGCAGCCACCGUUGGUGUCCCCUCUGGCUCUGCCCCCGGGACCUCUGGCCCAGAACCUAUUGAACUCUACUGCCUCCUCAGCUUCAGUCAGGGAUAAGAACAGGGACGGCGAGGACAAAGUGGCCACCCCUUCCACUCUGGAGCCACCUGGCAGCGGCGAGGUGUUUGAGGAUGAGCAAAAUCCUCCCAGCAGCCGCGCCGCUGAAAGUGGCUUCACAGACUUCAUUCAGUACCAGGCGGGUGGCCUUGAGGAGAAGGAGCGAGCCCCCCACCCACAUCCUGCACUCAAAACGGGCCGACGCUUCUCAGGCUCCUCUCAGGCCAAGCCUCUGGACAAGCCAGUCAUGCAGUGCUGCCUCGAGCACUUCCAGCACUUUCUGUCCCGCUUGAUCCCCCUGUAUAUUAUCCCUGGGAAGGUAGACACAGUUGGCAGUGUCGAAGGUGAGGUGGUGCGAUCAGUACCUCCGAUUUCAAAAGACAUUCAGCAUAAUGAACUUCAGGAACAGGCAGGAUCAUCUUUAAGUCAUGAACUGGUUCAAAGGGAGUAUGUUGCCGUUUUCACUGCUGCCUGCCAGCUCUUUCUAGAAUGUUCCAGUUUUCCAGUCUACAUCGCAGAGGGCAACCUCAAGUCGUCGUCCACACAGGAAGAGCAGUUUGAUACUGAGCAGGUGCGUCUGCCAGUGUGGCUGCAAACUCUGAUGGAUGCUUGCUGCCUGGCUAAUAACUUCAGUCUGCAGGGCGUGGCCAUCUCCUUGCUCAUGGACCUGGUGGGCCUCACCCAGUCUGUUGCUAUGGUGACGGCUGAUUGUGUGGCAUCGGAUGUCGGCACUGAAUCGUCUCAGUCCACGAGUCCCAGCCAGGGUCGAGUGGCUGUUAUUAUCAGGCCACCACUCACGCAAGGAAUGCUAAAGUACAUCGCUGACAAAACCGAUUUCUUCAAGAGUGUUGCUGCGAUCUUGUGGAACCAGUUGGGUGAAGGAACACCGCAGCACCACCAGCGUAGUGUGGAACUAUUUUACCAGCUCCACAACCUGGUGCCGUCCUCCAGCAUAUGUGAGGAUGUCAUCAGCCAGCAGCUCAUGCACAGGGACAAGGGAAUUCAACUGGAGGCUCACGUUAAGUUCUCAGUGCUCUGGCAUUUGACUCGAGAUUUGAACAUCACCAAGUCUUCUCCUUUUAGUCGUACAUUUGACAGAUCUCUUUUCAUCAUGCUAGAUAGCCUAAGUUACUGGGAUCCAUGUACCAGUGCCGUUGGUCGGGCGUGGUUGUGUCAGGUCCUUCAGAGACACGAUAUUGCUCGUGUGCUGGAGCCUCUUCUUCUCCUGUUGCUCCACCCAAAAACACACAGAGUGUCCAUUCAGAGGGUACAGGCUCAGCGCCACUGGGCCCAAGUCUUUCCUGACCCACCUGAGCAGGAGCCAUCAGAACACAUCUGUUCCAGGAGUCCUGACUUCUCAGACAACUUCAGGCAGACUCAGGGGGAGAGGGUGGAACAAGAGCAACUCCAUGGUGUGGCAUUGGGUGACACGGAACCAUUCUGUCUGACCGUUAACCCGCUUAGUGACAGCCUGUCUUUACUGAGCCUCAGUAGUGAGAACUUACAGCUAGGCUGUGAAUACCUACCAAUCAACCAACAUGGGGAACCUCAGAGCUCUGAAUCCAGCGGUUCCCACUCAUCUGUGACAGAAAAUGGGAGCUUUGAGGAGCCUGAAGGUGUCAAUGGCACAACCACUGGUUCAGACCAGCAGCCUGAAUCCUCAGAUGACAUGUGUGAAGAGGAGGUGUCUUGUGUUAUGAAAGAGCUGAUAGACAGAGUUCUUAGUUUAAUAGAAGAGGAAGCUCCUGAAAUCUCAUCCCCACCUGAAAACCACCCACAAAUGGACACAGACAGCACUUCUUCAGAUACAUCCACUGGCCCACAUCUGUUGUCUGAUCCUCCUCAUGGCUCUAGCCACCAGACACUACCAGAGAUGCUGGCUGAAGGCACAUUGGAGUUCCUGUCUGUCGCAGGUGCUGAGGAGCAUCACAGAGAGGGCAUGGCCCGUCACAGUUCAUCACCUUCCAUAGUAACCCUGCCGGACAGCUCGGACCCAGCCACCCCAGACCAUUACUUACGAGUCGAUGACCCUCAUGCCCGUAAACGCAGCCACAGCAGCACACAGCUCAGCCUCAAAGGUAAGAUCCUGGAGAGGCUGGUAGACAAAUCUCCAGGGGCAAAGCCCAAAGUCACGAAAGCCAUGAGGAAAGAGGAGGAGAGGCAUAGAAAGACAGCAAAUCAAGCUGACAAUCUGAAGCCACCCAGUAUUUUCUUUGGGGACAGUCUGGAUCUGGAGAACUGGUACAGUUGUGGUGAAGGUGAAGUAUCAGAGAUUGAAAGUGACAUUGGCUCACCUAGUGGGGUUCCUGGUACUGUUGGAGCCACAGAGGGAUGUAGAUCAACCUCUUCCCCAUCUCGUUUUAACGUCCAUCCCCUCUACCAGCAUGUCCUGCUCUACCUCCAGCUGUAUGACUCAUUCGGGCCCUUCAUGCCCCUGUCAGCCAUCGCAGCCAUGCUAAGAUCUUCACCCUCAGUGUUUGUAACGGCUAUCUCUACCACCAGCAUCAACAACACCUACACUCCACAGUUGUCUUUACCAAACCUUCUCGCCCGUCACAGGGUCUCUGUAAUGGGUAAAGAUUUCUACUGUCCGAUUCCCCAGGACUCCCACUCCCACACAUUCCGCAGUGCCAUGUACUUGGAGAUCAUAAUAUCCCUUUGUCUGUACUUCUUGAGAAGUUAUUAUUCCGCCCAUGUGGCAACAAGCCCUCAGGAUCUGGCUGGGAACCGGGCCAUGCAGCUGACCAGCGUGGAGGUCUUAACUCUGCUCUUCAGUGAACUAUCCAAAGUCACAGGCGGCUCGGCUAAGGGAUUUCCCAGUUUUAUCAGUGACAUUCUCUCCAAGUGCAAAGUUCAGAAGGUGGUUCUCCACUGCCUGCUUUCCUCCAUAUUCAGUGCCCAGAAAUGGCACGAGCAACGAGUGGCAGGGGUCAGUGUGGCCACAGUGGAGGAGGGCCUGUCAGAGGACAGUGUUAUCAACCUCUCAGAGGAUCAGAUAGACGGCUGUAGUGCAGUUCAGUCCCAACUACUACGACUUCUGCAAAGUCUAGUUGUGCUUGAGCAUAGAGUCCUGGUGCCUGCUGAUGAAGGAGGGGAAGGAGGACCAGCGGGAGGAGGAGCAGGUGGUGGUGCAGGUGGUACAGGAGGAGGUGCUGGGUCAGGGUUUGAACUCCUGGGUGGGGAAGUGGAACAUGUCAACCCUCAACAGCCAAUGACAUCACUGCGGUACCUCCACGGACAGCCGAUCACGGCACAGGGGAUGUUCCUUUGUGCAGUCAUCAGGGCGCUGCAUCAGCACCACGCAUGUAAGAUGCAUCCUCAGUGGAUCGGCCUCAUCACGCUCACCCUGCCCUACAUGGGGAAGGUUUUGAGGAGGGUGGUGGCCUCAGUAACUCUGCAGCUGUGCAGGAAUCUGGACAAUCUUCUUCAGCAGUAUUGCUAUGAGAUUGGAAUAACUGAUACCAGACCCCAGUGGUUGGCCCUCUGCAUUCCUCCUGAUCUGAUUCUCACAUUGUUAGAGGGCAUGACGGCCAUCAUCCACUACUGCCUGCUGGAUCCCACCUCACAGUACCACCAGUUACAUGUAAGUGUGGACCAGAAGCACCUGGCCGAUGCUCGGUCAGGCAUCCUGUCCAUCCUACAUACCAUCGUGUCUUCUGUCACCCUGCUGUGGAAUGUUCUGCAUCAGGCCGACAACUUUGAGAAGCCAGCUGCUGCGUCUGCUUCGUCCACUUCCAACAUUAACCUGGGCUCCACGAAGAACCUCCGUCAGCAAAUCCUGGAGUUGCUGGGUCCAAUCUCCAUGAAUCAUGGUGCUCAUUUCAUGGCAGCGAUUGCCUAUGUUUGGAACGAGCGGAAACAGGUCAAGACUCCUGUCAGAAAUAAGGUGAUUCCUGCAGCCAGUGAGGAGCAGCUGCUGCUCGUUGAGCUGGUUCGUUCUGUAAGUGCCAUGCGGACAGAGACCGUCAUGCAAACGGUUAAAGAGGUUUUGAAGCAGCCGCCAGCGAUUGGAAAGGACAAGAAGCACCUUUCACUGGAGGUCUGCAUGCUGCAGUUCUUCUAUGCCUACGUUCAGAGGGUCCCUGUCUCCAGUUUAGUUGACAGCUGGCCAUCUCUGCUGGCGCUGCUUAAGGACGCUGUACAGUUGAGCCUCCCUGCUCCAGGACAGUUUCUCAUAUUAGGAGUUCUGAAUGAAUUUAUUUUGAAAAAUCCUAAUUUGGAGAGCAAGAAGGACCAGCGGGAGCUGCAGGAUGUGACCCAUAAACUGGUGGAGGCCAUCGGAACAAUUGCAGGCUCCUCUCUGGAACAGACAACAUGGCUGAGGAGAAACCUGGAGGUGAAGGCCUCUCCUCAGAUAGUUGUGGAUGGAGCCAACCUGGAAGCUGAUGCAGAAGACUUAAUGCUCACAGUGAUGGAGGCGUCCAGCUUCACUCCAUCCGUGUACAGUGUUCACGCCCUCACACUGUUGGCUGAGGUUCUAGCUCAUCUUUUGGACAUGGUGUUCUACAGUGAUGAAAAGGAGCGAGUCAUCCCUCUGCUGGUUAAUAUCAUGCACUACGUUGUUCCCUACCUCCGAAACCACAGUGCUCACAACGCCCCCAGUUAUCGGGCCUGUAUCCAGCUGCUCGGCAGUCUGAGUGGGUACCAGUACACCCGCCGUGCCUGGAAGAAGGAGGCCUUUGACCUCUUCAUGGACCAUACCUUCUUCCAGAUGGACUCCUCCUGUGUCAGCCACUGGAGAGCCAUCAUUGACCACCUAAUGACGCAUGACAAAACCACAUUCAGAGACCUCAUGACCCGAGUGGCUGUAGCCCAGAGCAGUUCUCUGAGCCUCUUCACCAACAGAGAUGCGGAGCUGGAGCAGAGGGCCAUGCUGCUCAAACGAUUGGCUUUCACCAUCUACAGCAGUGAGGUGGACCAGUACCAGAAAUACCUGCCAGACAUACAAGAGCGUCUGGUGGAGAGUCUACGUCUGCCUCAGGUGCCCAUCCUUCAUGCUCAGGUCUUCCUGUUCUUCAGAGUGCUGCUGUUGCGCAUGUCGCCUCAACACCUGACGUCUCUGUGGCCCACCAUGAUCACUGAACUGGUUCAGGUGUUUCUGCUGAUGGAACAGGAGCUGACAGCAGAUGAGGACAUUUCAAGGACAUCAGGUCCGUCUGUAGCUGGGUUGGAGACCACAUAUUCUGGAGGGAACGGCUUCUCCACCUCCUACAACAGCCAACGCUGGCUCAACCUCUACCUGUCUGCCUGCAAGCUCCUGGACCUGGCUUUGGCCCUGCCCCCAGAAAGCCUGCCUCAGUUCCAGAUGUACCGCUGGGCCUUUAUACCAGAAGCAUCAGAUGAUUCAGGAUUGGAAGUGAGACGCCAGGGGACUCAUCAGAGGGAGUUUAAACCCUACGUGGUGCGACUGGCCAAGCUGCUGAGGAAACGAGCCAAGAAAAAUCCAGAGGAGGACUGCUCGAGUCGAACGCUCGCGUGGGAUCCAGGACACCUGCUUCUGACCCUCUACGUGAUCCGUAGCAUGGAGCAGCUGCUGCCAUUCUUCAACCUCCUCAGCCAGGUGUUCAACAGCAAGGCCAGCAGCCACUCAGGCCCCGCCUACAGUCACAACCCCGGCCACGCCUCCUUCCCCGGUCACAAGGAAGGCCACAAACUGGAGAGCCAGAAAGUGUUCUGGAGUCGAGCUCGGCAGAACAUUGAGGAGAUGGUGGAGAAAGACUUUCUGGAGGGUCUUAUUAAGACAUGAGAACACGGUGAGGCAUUUAAAGGGACAAACUUGACAAACACUAGUGAAAAAAAAAACUGCACCUUGUACAUGAAGCAAACACGGGAAUCCAAUUGAGGAAACACAAUUUGUACAUUUUGUAUUUAUGAUUCUUUUAUGUUUCAGGAGCGCUUGUGUUGAAUUUUAAUUAUUUGUAUAUAUGGAGCAGCUCUGAUGAUAAACUUUUACCACUUUGUGUGAUUCUGAUGUUCUGCCAUUCCGUAUUGAUGUGACUUAAUAAAGAUUUCUAAUUGGAA